AUGUUUGUGUUUGAAGGGGCUGCAGAGGUGAGGCUGGAGGACGGGGGGGGGCGCCGGGCUGGGAGAGUGGAGGGGAAACACCAGGGCCAGUGGGGGACCGUGUGUGAUGACUCCUGGGGCAUGGCCGAUGCUGCAGUGGUCUGUAAGCAGCUGGGCUGUGGGUCUCCUGUCAAAGCUCAUGUCCAAGCACACUUUGGGGCAGGAUCUGGCCCCAUUUGGAUGGAUGAUGUUCACUGUCGUGGCACCGAGUCUGCCCUGUCUGACUGUACACACAGAGGAUGGGGAAGACACUACUGUCGUCAUAUUGAGGAUGCUGGUGUGACAUGUUCAG